UCUCUAUUUGUCUCUCUGUCUAUCUCUUCUUCAGAACCACACCACCACCAUGCCUGAGGGUCCAGAGUUACACUUGGCCAGUCUGUUUGUCAACAGGAUGUGUGGGGCAGUGGUCUUCACCGGCCCAGUACAAAAAUCAGAGGUCAGUAAGAAUCCUGAGGUCUCUUUCUCCUGCCCGGCCUACACCAUCAUCGCCACCUCCAGAGGCAAGGAGGUCCGACUCACUCUAACCCCCCAGAAGAGCGACUCUGCCCAGGGGAGAUGCAGGCGGGGGAAGACAGGUCAGGUCAACCAGGUCCAGACCAUGGACAUCGUCUUCCGUUUCGGAAUGUCUGGAUUCUUCCGUUUCACCACGGAGGCGGAGCUUCCUAAACAUUCCCACCUGCGGUUCUACACCAAUGAGAAGCCCUGUAGGGUUCUGAGCUUUGUGGACACACGCCGCUUUGGCAGCUGGCAACCCAACGGGACCUGGCAACUCAACCGAGGGCCCUGUGUCAUGUUUGAGUACCUGAGCUACAGGGAGAAUGUCCUCUCCCACCUGUCCGACAGAGCGUUCGACCGGCCCAUCUGUGAGGUUCUGUUGAACCAGAAGUACUUUAACGGCAUUGGCAACUACCUGAGAGCUGAGAUCCUCUUUAGAUUAAACAUCCCUCCCUUUGUGAAGGCUCGGACGGUUCUGGAAGGACUUCAAACACAUCUGUCUGACGAGGACCGGAAGUCAGUUGUUAAAGUGGAGGUCACAGACACAGAAGUCAAAGAGGAGGUCACCAACACCGAGUUCAAAGAGGAGGUCACCAACAGAGAAAUCUCAGACAGAGCUGCUGUGAAGGAGGAUGAGAGUGAGACACCAGACCUGCUCCGUCUCUGUCACACAGUACCUCUGGAGGUCAUCAAGUUAGGUGGUAAAGGUUACGACCCAGAGAAAAUGGACUACACUGACUUUAAAUCGUGGCUCCAGUGUUACUGUGUGGAGGGGAUGAAGUCUGUAAGAGAUCACAACGGCAGAACUAUGUGGUUCAAGGGAGAUCCAGGUCCCAUGGCUCCUAAAGAUGCCAAAACAAAGAUGAUAGUGAAGAAAGAGGAUGACCAUGAUUAUAAAGGGGGAAAAAAGGUAAAGAAGGCCCGCUCUGAGAGCACGAUGAAGCCAAAAUACAUCAAGGAAAAGGAAGUCCCUCAGAGACGGGCAGGAAGGAGGAAGUAAACAUGACCUCAGCAGAAGAGCACCAGUACAGACCCCACAGAUGUGGAGUGGGACCAGAAACCGUGCCAGACAGUAGAAGAAUAUUGUCCAUUUUCACGCAGGAAACAAAUAAUAUUUUUUGCUUUCAAUCCAGAAGCUGCUAGGUAGAACAAGCAAGUAGCUGUAGGGACAGAGCUAUUACUGAACGGGGCCAUUUAAAAUAAAACUGUCUAUGGUAUGUGUUCUAUGCAAGAGAAAUCCCCUUUUUGUACCAUGUAAUAAACAACGUUAUCAUUUUG